AUGUCCACAUUCCUCUUCCUCCUCCUCGUCGCGACAUUCUCUGUCCUGGUCGCGGCUCAGUCUUGCGAAAAUGCAGGCGUCGUGAACGGCUCAAGCUGUGAUUGCCCUACAGGAUUCGGCGGUUCGAAUUGCUCUCAGCCAGCAUGUGGAGGAAAUAUUUUCCAAGGCACAGAUCGUUCAUUGGCGCCUAUCAACUCGAACGGAUUUGCGAAUCUCACGGCGGCGGGGUGUUCCUGUCAGAGUGGAUGGACGGGAACUGGCUGUAAUGUUUGCCAGACAGACAAUGCUUGUGCGUCGGGAUAUUCGUCCUCGACCUCUGGAUCUUCAACGAGCUCGUCAGGGCUGACUGGACUGAAUGAUGGGCAGAACAGGACGUUAGUGUGCAACAAUUCUCCUAGAGUUUGGGCAGCGGGGCAGCUGAGUUGCAACGUUAAUAAUCCAACGUUGCGAGCACUGUAUCCUCUAACUUCAAUACUCAACAUCGAACGGACCCUCAAUUCCUCCCUGAGCCCCAUUCCAAACACGACAUCUUUCGGCUCCGCAGGUUCCGUUUAUGCCCAGCUCUUUUACGACGGUGUCGAGCAAUUCUACUGCUCUGCCGAUUCUUGCACCCAAGACCUUAGCAGCGGCUCUAACGGAAGCUCCUCGUGGGGCUGCCAGAAUCUCUCGUGCACGUGUCGAACAGGAACUUCGUUCUGCGGCGCCGUACAUGUGUCCGACUUGACCAGCGCGAUAAAUGGCCUGUCGGGGACCUUGACUAUAAACUGUAACCCUCUCAAUGAGUCCACCAACACGGCGUCCUGCUCCUUCCAACAAUCUACUCUCCAGAUGCUUUUCGGCUCCUCGGGUCUGACAAUGGAAGAUUGUGCAUUCGGAGAAUGUAUUGGACAGUAUGUCAUUGAUAACAAUGGCAAUGUCACUUCCUCGACAACUGUCACCUCUUCCGCUCAUCUGAGCGGAGGUGUUAUCGCGGGUUUGGCGGUUGUAGGCGCAUUUGUUCUUGCAGCGGUGAUCUAUCUCGGCUUUGGUGUUCUUCUCCAGAGAAGAGCUCGUAAAGCGAGUGACGAUGACCUUGGCAAUGGGAAUAUCCCCGUGGUAUGGUCAGAUAUCAGCUAUCUUGUCUCCACGGAUCAUUCUGUUUUUGGAGGCUUUCGAAAGAAGAAACGUGAUGAUGGGGAUGGUACGAAGGUCGUUCUGGAUUCAGUCAGUGGACGGGUUCUACCUGGACAAAUCAUGGCUAUUCUUGGACCCAGCGGAGCCGGUAAAACUACCCUUGUCGAUAUUCUUGCGCAGAAGCCCAAAAGUGGGCGCGUCACUGGGACAAUCUCUUUUCCGGGCGCAACGAAGCCGCGUAUCGGUUUCGUCCCGCAACAAGAUGUCCUUCCGCCCAUGCUUACAGUCUACGAAGCCCUCCUAUUCGCAGCCCGUCUUCGCCUCCCAGAAUCCGUCUCUGACAUUGACAAGCAGUCGCGUGUUUUAUAUAUCAUGGACAAACUUGGCAUUUCGGAGUUGAAGGACUCUAGGAUAGGGUGGGGUGAUGCUGGUGGUGGGAAGGCUAGAGGGAUUAGUGGAGGGGAGAUGAGACGCGUCAGUAUCGGACUGGAGCUGAUCGCCAGCCCAGACGUGCUGAUUUUAGACGAACCCACCUCAGGGUUAGACUCUGUGUCCGCUGCUCGCGUAGCGAAUCUGUUACAUGAUAUCGCGCACGACAGUCAACACCCCACCGCCGUUAUCGCUUCUAUACAUCAACCUAGCUCUCGUCUAUACCAGACUUUUGACCAGAUACUUGUUCUUUCUCAUGGACACACGUUGUAUUCUGGACCUGGUAGCUUCGCUCCUGUCGACCACUUCGCUGUUGUCGCGCCUGGAGCUGUACCACCCUGUCCGCAGGGGUACAAUGUAGCGGACUACCUCCUUGAAGUUGCUAGCGAUCCGCCGUUAGCUCUUAUCCAGCAAGCGCGGAGUCGGGACGCACCUGAUAGCACUGACAAAACUGAAGGCACCCCCCAUUCGGAUCCGUCAUACAAUGAUGUAUCUACUUCUUUGGAGAAAGGGUUAUUUCUGGCGCCCACUGUCAAGCGAGCACAGUCGACCUAUGCGACGACUUUCUUGACUCAGUUGCAGCGCCUGUCCGGUCGAGAGUGGAAAAUCCUACGACGAGACAAGACUUUAUUCCUCACUCACCUUGGGAUUGCUUGCGUAUUGGGAGCGUUUUGUGGAGGACUGUACUACAAAACAGGCGUUAAUAUAGCAGGCUUUCAGUCACGUAUUGGGUGCCUCUUUUUCCUGGGCGCGCUCAUUGCCUUUUCGUCUCUAAGCGCAUUGUACAACAUGGUAGAGAUUCGGCCUUUGUUCUUGCGAGAGAGGUCAAGCUCGUAUUAUAGUCCAACGACGUGGCUGCUAUCUCGUUUUCUUUUCGAUGUUGUGCCCCUACGUGUGAUUCCGAUGAUUGUCGUGUCUACAAUCACGUAUUGGAUGGCGGGACUUGCCGGUGACGCAGCCCAUUAUUUCAAGUUCCUGUUCGUCCUAUUCCUUUACACUCUUGCAAUUACUCUUUUCAACUUCCUCCUUGGCGCUUUAUUCCGCAAUGGUGGUAUUGCGAUCCUCCUUUCUGCUCUGAGUGCUCUGUAUCAGAUGACGUUCGCUGGGUUCUUCGUGCAUUUGGGGGCUAUUCCUCCUGUCCUGCGUUGGCUUCAAUGGCUGUGUCCUCUGAAGUACUGCUUAGAGGCGUUAUCGGUCAAUGAGGUCGGCUCCGGACUCAUGAUAGAGGAUUCACUUGAAGGCGUCCCUGUGAACGUGUCUGCGACUCUCAUCAUGAAUUUGCUAUUUGGGUUCGGUUCGAACAAUUAUUAUAGGGAUGUACUAGUACUCUUUGCUUUCAUUGCUGGCUUUGGUUUAGGAGUUAUUGGCAUCGUUUGGUUCAAAGUACGAGAACGCCGGUAG